UUUUUUUAAAUGAACCUUUAAAAUUUUUCAUGAGUACUGUUAGUUGUUAACAAUGUCGGUGACUACUUGGCUCAUACCGGAAAUUUUGAGCGCCGUGAUUAUCGGAACGAUUGGAUUAUAUGUUUAUUUCAAAUUAUUCAUAUUUAAUUUCUGGCGCAAGAGGGGUGUGUUUUACGUGGAACCUACUUUUCCAACUGGAAAUAUAUUGCCACUUGUUCUGGGGACGAGAUCUCAAGCUGAAUUUACCAAAGACAUUUACGAUGAUACCAAAAAGCAUCGUGUUACCGGGAUAUUUAUGUUCAACAAACCAUUCUUGGUAGUGAACGAUCUAGAUUUGAUUAGAAACGUGUUAACGAAAGAUUUUAUGAGCUUCCAUGAUCGUGGAAUAUUCUGCAACGAGAAAACAGAUCCCCUUUCCGGUCAUUUGUUUCAAUUACCAGGGAAGAAAUGGAGAAAUUUACGGGUGAAAUUAACGCCAACAUUUACAUCGGGAAAGCUCAAAUCAAUAUUUCCAGUUUUGCAAGAAAGUGGAGACAAGUUGAGCAAAUAUUUGGACGAUAAAGCAAGCGUCAGAGGAGUAAUUGAUGUGAAAGACGUUUUCGCGAUGUAUUCCGUAGACAUCAUAAUGUCAGCAGCGUUUGGAAUAACGUGCGAUAGCUUUAAAAAUCCGAACAAUGAGUUUAAUUAUUGGGGUAAAAAAGUGUUCGAGCCUAAACCAUUCUGGAAUGCGGUUGUUAUAUGGGCUCCGCAGGUGCUGGAUCUACUUUCUCUGCCCUUCAACGAAAGGGGCGUUACAAACUUUUUUUUAAAAAUGUUUGAGGACACAGUUACAUAUAGAGAGAACAACAACAUUGUCAGGAAAGACUUCUUAAACUUGCUGAUACAGUUAAUGAAGAAUGGAUACGUCGACUCUGAUGAAAAAUCAGACGAACUGAAAACGACGGAAACUAAAUUGACAAUGACAGAAGCUGCGGCACAAGCAUUUGUCUUUUAUUUAGCUGGGUUCGAAACGUCUUCAACGACGGUAACUUUCUGUUUAUACGAAUUGGCAAUGCAUCAAGAUAUACAGGAUAAAGUUCGAGAAGAAAUCCGGACCGUUUUGAAGAAACACGGUGAAUUAUCUUACAAUGCCGUGAAUGACAUGCCAUAUCUUCACAAAGUGGUUUCAGAAACAUUGAGGAAGUAUCCUCCAGUAGUUUUCCUAAAUCGUAUUUGUACAAAAGAUAUACAAAUAGAAACAACUGAUUUUCAUAUACCUACGGGAACUUCUAUAUUGAUACCUGUGUUUGGUAUUCAUCGGGAUCCUGACAUAUAUCCAGAUCCUGAUAAAUUUGAUCCAGAAAGAUUCUCGGAAGAGAAUGUGAAGGCUAGACAUCCUUAUGCUUAUUUACCAUUUGGCGAAGGACCGAGGAUUUGUAUCGGAUUAAGAUUUGGUCUGAUACAAACAAAAGUUGGGAUAAUAAGAAGUUUAUUCAAAAAUAGAUUCAAACUUGCACCAAAUACACCAACUUCUUUGGAAUUUAAAGAAGGGUCUUUAAUAUUAAUGGCAAAAGGAGGUGUAAACUUAACAAUCGAAUCAGUGGAAUAA